UCCGUAGUGUUUUAAAGCAAUGACCGUUUCCCUCAGUCCUAGGUAGCACUACUCAUACAAACCUCUACAGGGACACCUUGCUAUACAGACAUGGGCGAUCAAAGAGACAGACAAAAUGCAAGCACCCAAGACUUAAUUGAUGAUAACCAGGGCCUUGGUGUAUGUGGAUGGAUCCUUGUUAUUCUGUCUACUAUUUUGGCAGUGCUGUCUUUCCCCAUUUCGAUUUUUAUUAGCCUCAAGAUUGUUAAAGAAUAUGAACGAGCUGUGGUAUUCAGACUUGGCCGCAUCACAGCUAGAAAGCCAAAGGGACCAGGUAUAUUCUUCAUCCUUCCCUGCACUGACAGCUUUGUAAAGGUGGACAUGAGAACAAUAUCAUUCGACAUUCCUCCUCAAGAGAUUCUGACAAAGGACUCGGUGACAAUAAGUGUGGACGGAGUGGUGUAUUUCCGGGUGAAUAAUCCCAUUGCCUCCGUGGCAAAUGUCAACAAUGCUGAUUACGCCACACGCCUGCUUGCCCAGACUACCCUGAGGAACAUUCUGGGCACCAAGAACCUAGGUGAGGUUCUGUCAGACCGUGAGGCUAUCUCUCACAGCAUGCAGAUGAUUUUGGAUGACGCCACAGACUCUUGGGGCAUAAAGGUGGAGCGUGUGGAGAUAAAGGACGUGAAGCUGCCUCAACAGCUUCAGAGGGCCAUGGCAGCAGAGGCUGAGGCAAGCCGCGAGGCUAGAGCUAAGGUGAUCGCAGCAGAGGGAGAGAUGAACGCUUCACGUGCUCUGAAAGAGGCAUCUCUGGUGAUCGCUGAAUCUCCCUCUGCCCUACAGCUACGCUACCUGCAGACCCUCAACACCAUCGCUGCUGAGAAGAACUCCACCAUCAUCUUCCCACUGCCCAUGGACAUGAUUAGUCACUUCAUGAAAAAGUAAAAUCCGAUACUGACAGACUCCAGAUGGUCACUCACAAAUAUGAAUGUUUAUAUUUUACGCAUUCAUUAAGAGGACUAUGUAUUACCUUGAACUUCAAUGACAAAAGAUUUCACGGCUUAAUGUUUGCAGGGCUAUGUAUUAUUGCUGAUACUGUGUGAUGUUCUGUGAAAACGGAUCCCCAAAGAGACAUUAAAGAAACCCAAUAAACAGUUUAAUUAUUUUAAUAUUUGCUACAUUUACAGCUUAUGUAUUUACAGUCCCCUCCUAAAAUAUUGGAAUGGCAAGGCCAAUUCUUUUGUUUUUGCUAUACACUGAAGAUACUUAGAUGUAAAUAUCAUUAAAAGAAGG